GUUGUUCCGCCCUCCGCGCUCCUGGUCUCGGCCGAGCUAGCAGAGCCAGGGUGUUCGGGUAAGUGGGGGCAGCCGCAGGCGCGCCGCCGAACCGAUCCGCUGAGCCUGUUGCUGCCGCCGCCGCCACCGCCACCGCCACGCCCCGUGCGCCGUGACCCGCGACCCCAGACCCCGACCUCUUUUAGAUCGGCCCGCGCGCCCCAGGCCCGGCCCGGGCGGCGCGACGGGAGGAUGAGCGGCGGGCGGCGGAAGGAGGAGCCGCCUCAGCCGCUGCUGGCUAACGGGGCCCUCAAAGUCUCCGUCUGGAGCAAGGUGCUACGGAGCGACGCGGCCUGGGAGGACAAGGAUGAAUUUUUAGAUGUGAUCUACUGGUUCCGACAGAUCAUUGCUGUGGUCCUAGGUGUCAUUUGGGGAGUGUUACCAUUGCGAGGUUUCUUGGGAAUAGCAGGAUUCUGCCUGAUCAAUGCAGGUGUCCUGUACCUCUACUUCAGCAACUACCUACAGAUAGAUGAGGAAGAGUAUGGCGGCACGUGGGAGCUCACAAAGGAAGGGUUUAUGACAUCGUUUGCCUUGUUCAUGGUCAUUUGGAUCAUCUUUUACACUGCCAUCCACUAUGACUGACGGUGCACAGUCCCCACCUGCUCCCUGUCUGGUCCAAAGGACCCUCUUAGUUACACCACAGAAACACGAUUGUUGGGGGGCACCCCAGCCACGCGGAACCUGGAAGACCCGUGUUUCCUGGACCGAGAAUCAGUGUGUUGGGCGUCAGUGUUUUCUGCAAGGGUUGUGACCUGAAACUUUUUAAAGAACCAUCCACCUUUUGGGGAAGCAUUUCUGAAUUGUCCAUCACCAACCGUUUCUUCUUGGAUACCAUCAUGAAACACCUGUUGGCCGAUUGGAGCUGUCCUGUAAUUUGGUGCACAUCUGGAUCCGGAUGAAACAUUAAAUUGUCUUCCUUUUCCAUCAGGUGUACGGUUUUUAAACUAUAUCAAACAUUGGCAUUUCAAGUCUUCUGAAAACAGUAUGGCAGUAUGUGCGUGGUCCAUAGCACAGUACAAGCAGCAUCUAAUAACAGUUUUCGUUGUAGAAUGUUUUCAGAUACUUGAAUAAAUCAGAUCUUUAAUUGA